UUUUAAUGAUAACACUUUCUUAUCUACUUCUCUCGUGUCUUGCGGUUUGUGAAAAAUUUCGACUGCAACUUCUCUUUGGUGAUGGUAAUCUUUUAUUAAAUUUAUCUAAAAACGUAUAAACAUGGUGAAGUAUAAAUACAUCGGAAAACCCAGUCACCACUGCGGUAAAACGCUGUGGGAAAUCAUCGGUAAUUUGAAAGAUUACGGUGUUGGCCGAUUAGUAUACAGAAAUACACAUUCUAAGUACCCUCAAGCUUCUUUUUUCAAAAUAGUCAAGUGCGAAUCUGUCGCAGAUACUGAAAGAGCACCGGGUGUUUACCGAAAAUGUAUAGUUUGGGUUGAUGAAGUGUUCAGAGGAAUGAGAUACAGCGAAAUAUCGGAAAUAUUUAGCGCCAGCUAUAAACCUGAUUACCGGUUGAUUCCGAAAGAUGAAGAACAUCUAUGGUAUGAAAAAGUAGCCAAUAUACCCAAACCCGAACCAUUCAUACCACCGACUCAUAUCGAUGUUCCACCUGUACUAAAGAUAAUUUUGAACGAAGAUAGGAAAGCUAAAGGGCUGCCGGUAGAGGAAGAUAUGUUGACAGAAGCUAUAACCAUAAAGAAUCCGAGCUCUAAACUGUAUCUUCGAUAUGUAAAAGAACUUCCUGAGAAACAUGUUAUUAGAGGAUAUGGAAAAUCUCCAUUCCAGGAACUGUACGACAAUAUCGAGGAGUACAAAAUCAAGAUUCUGAAUGAAAACAAAUCGGAUUAAUCAGUGUUCAGUAGAUUUUAUAGAUUUGCAGUCUGUUGUUUUUAUUACGUUGUAAAUAAACCACUCUAUUCAUCUU